UGAAAAAUCAAAUUACUUUCUUUAGCUUUAWGUUUCGGUCGCUAAAUUUUCAUUUACAAUUAAAAAAAAAAUAAAAAUAAAAAUUGUAAUUAAAUAAUCUGCUGCAUCGCACCCUCGUUUUGCAUACGUAAUGGCGGAUGCUAAGUGCGCGACAGGMAAAUGUGAAGAUAAGACCAUCACCUACGAAGCGGUCAAAGCGAUCGCUGAUAAUAUUCUGUCACGCAUAAAAGUCAAACCGAUUAUCGGCAUAAUAUGUGGCUCGGGUCUGGGCUCACUAACCGAAGCCAUUACGAAUGCACAAAAUAUCGAUUACAAGGACAUACCCGGUUUUCCGGUCUCAACGGUGCCCGGACAUGCCGGACGCCUGGUCAUCGGCAUGCUGGAGGGCCUACCAGUGUUGGCCAUGCAGGGACGCUUCCACUACUAYGAAGGCUAUCCAUUGGUUAAGUGCUCGUUGCCGGUGCGCGUCAUGAAAGUAAUGGGUAUUGAAUACUUGAUGGUGACCAAUGCGGCGGGCGGCAUAAAUCCCACUUAUAAGGUGGGUGAUAUUAUGCUCAUACGCGAUCAUAUCAACUUCGUCGGAUUCUCUGGCAAUUCGCCAYUACGUGGACCGAAUGAUGAUCGGUUAGGACCGCGCUUUCCACCCAUGACCGAUGCCUACAAUCCCGCAUUGAUUACGCGCGCUUUGAGUGUAGCCAAAGAGAUGGGUAUACCGGAUGUGGUGAAGGUGGGCACAUAUUGCUUUCUAGGUGGUCCUAACUAUGAAACCAUUGCUGAGUGUAAGAUGUUGCACACUUGUGGCGUAGAUGCUGUCGGCAUGUCGACCGCWCAUGAGGUGGUCGUGGCCCAGCACUGCGGCCUGAAGGUGUUUGCCUUCAGUCUUAUCACCAACAAGUCAUCACUGGACUACGAAAAGAAAGAGUAUGCCAAUCAUGCUGAGGUCGUGGCGGUGGGUAAGAGUCGGGAGAGCACUUGCCGUGAGCUAAUGUGUCGCAUGAUCAAAUCUAUAGCAGCUGAGCGGGGUAGUAGCGGAUCGUCGGACUGUGGCUGCACAACGUGAGAAACGAGGGUUGCUGASAUGCAAGUGAAAAUACAAAUUAUAAAUUUAUAUUUAAUUUAAUUUAUAGAAAGUCGAAAUUUUUGAAGUUUACAAA